AGAAGCUCCCCGCGCAGCGCGGCAGUGUUUGCGCUGCGGCCUUGGCGAGUGGUCGCCUCAGGACCAGUCUCCCGGUGGGCGGCGCGCAGAAACCUCGAACCGGUGGUGUCUCCCGUAACCUGGAGCCCCGAGGGCCACGGAGACAGUCCCCUUGUCUCGGCGGCGGGAGUCUAUCCUGAACUUAGAUCGUGUACAUUUUGGGAACUUAUUUUAGAAAAGAUCUAAAUUUUAAAAAUUCUCAAUGGACAGACAGAGAAAAGAGGGUCUUUGCCAACUCCUUUGGACAUCUGCAGUAAGAAUGUCUUUCCCCCCUCAUUUGAAUCGCCCUCCCAUGGGAAUCCCAGCACUCCCACCAGGGAUUCCACCACCACAGUUUCCUGGCUUUCCUCCACCUGUACCUCCAGGAACCCCAAUGAUUCCUGUACCAAUGAGCAUUAUGGCUCCUGCUCCAACUGUCUUAGUACCCACUGUGUCCAUGGUUGGAAAGCAUUUGGGAGCAAGAAAGGAUCAUCCAGGCUUAAAGACAAAGGAAAAUGAUGAAAAUUGUGGUCCUACUACUACUGUUUUUGUUGGCAACAUUUCUGAGAAAGCCUCAGACAUGCUCAUAAGACAGCUCCUUGCUAAAUGUGGCUUGGUUUUAAGCUGGAAGAGAGUACAAGGUGCAUCUGGAAAACUUCAAGCCUUUGGAUUCUGUGAGUAUAAGGAGCCUGAAUCUACCCUCCGUGCACUCAGGUUAUUGCAUGACCUGCAGAUUGGAGAGAAGAAACUACUUGUUAAAGUUGAUGCAAAGACAAAGGCACAACUGGAUGAAUGGAAAGCAAAGAAGAAAGCUUCUAAUGGGACUGCCAGGCCAGAAACUGUCACUAAUGAUGACGAAGAAGCCUUAGAUGAAGAAACUAAGAGAAGAGAUCAGAUGAUCAAAGGGGCCAUUGAAAUUUUAAUACGUGAAUACUCCAGUGAGCUCAAUGCCCCUUCACAAGAAUCUGACGCUCACCCCAGGAAGAAGAAGAAGGAAAAGAAGGAGGACAUUUUCCGCAGAUUUCCAGUGGCACCUCUGAUCCCGUAUCCACUCAUCACUAAGGAAGAUAUAAAUGCAAUAGAAAUGGAAGAAGACAAAAGAGACCUGAUAUCCCGAGAGAUCAGCAAGUUCAGAGAUACACAUAAGAAACUGGAAGAAGAGAAAGGCAAAAAAGAAAAAGAAAGACAGGAAAUUGAGAAAGAACGGAGAGAAAGAGAGAGGGAGCGUGAAAGGGAACGAGAAAGGCGAGAACGAGAACGAGAAAGGGAAAGAGAACGUGAACGAGAAAAGGAGAAGGAACGGGAGCGGGAACGAGAACGGGAUAGGGAUCGUGACCGGACAAAGGAGAGAGAUCGAGAUCGGGAUCGAGAGAGAGACCGUGACCGCGAUCGGGAAAGGAGUUCCGAUCGGAAUAAGGAUCGGAGUCGAUCAAGAGAAAAGAGCAGAGAUCGUGAAAGGGAACGGGAGCGGGAAAGAGAGAGAGAGAGAGAACGUGAACGAGAAAGAGAACGUGAACGAGAAAGAGAGCGUGAAAGGGAACGGGAGCGAGAAAGAGAAAAAGACAAGAAGAGGGAUCGAGAAGAGGAUGAAGAAGAUGCGUAUGAACGAAGAAAACUUGAAAGAAAACUCCGAGAGAAAGAAGCUGCUUAUCAAGAGCGCCUUAAGAAUUGGGAAAUCAGAGAACGGAAGAAAACCCGGGAAUAUGAGAAAGAGGCUGAAAGAGAAGAGGAAAGGAGAAGAGAAAUGGCAAAAGAAGCUAAACGACUAAAAGAAUUCUUAGAAGAUUAUGAUGAUGAUAGAGAUGAUCCCAAAUAUUACAGAGGAAGUGCUCUUCAGAAAAGAUUGCGUGAUAGGGAAAAAGAAAUGGAAGCCGAUGAACGGGAUAGGAAAAGAGAGAAGGAAGAGCUAGAGGAAAUCAGGCAGCGACUUCUGGCAGAAGGGCAUCCGGAUCCAGAUGCAGAGCUUCAGAGGAUGGAACAAGAGGCUGAGAGGCGCAGACAACCACAAAUAAAGCAAGAACCAGAAUCAGAAGAAGAGGAAGAAGAAAAGCAAGAGAAAGAAGAAAAACGAGAGGAACCUGUGGAAGAGGAAGAAGAGCCAGAGCAGAAGCCCUGUCUUAAACCAACUCUGAGGCCCAUCAGUUCUGCCCCAUCUGUUUCCUCUGCCAGUGGCAAUGCAACCCCCAACACUCCUGGGGAUGAGUCUCCCUGUGGUAUUAUUAUUCCUCACGAAAAUUCGCCAGAUCAACAACAACCUGAGGAGCAUAGGCCAAAAAUAGGACUGAGUCUUAAACUGGGUGCUUCCAAUAGUCCUGGUCAACCUAAUUCUGUGAAGAGAAAGAAACUCCCUGUAGAUAGUGUCUUUAACAAAUUUGAGGAUGAAGACAGUGAUGAUGUACCCCGAAAAAGGAAACUGGUUCCCUUGGAUUACGGUGAAGAUGAUAAAAAUGCUGCCAAAGGCACUGUAAACACUGAAGAAAAGCGCAAACACAUUAAGAGUCUCAUUGAGAAAAUUCCUACAGCCAAACCUGAGCUUUUUGCUUAUCCCCUGGAUUGGUCUAUUGUGGACUCAAUAUUGAUGGAACGACGAAUUAGACCUUGGAUUAAUAAGAAAAUUAUAGAAUACAUAGGUGAAGAAGAAGCUACAUUAGUUGAUUUUGUUUGUUCUAAGGUUAUGGCUCAUAGUUCACCUCAGAGCAUUUUAGAUGAUGUUGCCAUGGUACUUGAUGAAGAAGCAGAAGUUUUUAUAGUCAAAAUGUGGAGAUUAUUGAUAUAUGAAACAGAAGCCAAGAAAAUUGGUCUUGUGAAGUAAAACUCUCUGUACAUUUAGAGUUCCAUUUCAGAUACCGUCUUUCCCAUCCUUCAAAGGACCUUGAAAAUUUUUUUUGUCUUCAAAGACAUUUGUGAGAUCUGUAAUUUUUUUUUGAUGUAGAAAAUGUGAAUUUUUUUUUUUUGUCCUCCAAUUUGUUGAUGCCCUGUGUACUCCCUUGGUUGUAAAGACAUCCGAAUCCUACCUUGGUUUUCUUUAUACUCACCAGGUACAAAUUACUGGUAUGUUUUAUAAGCCACAGCUACUGUACACAGCCUAUCUGAUAUAAUCUUGUUCUGCUGAUUUGUUCCUUGUAAAUAUUAAAAUGACUCCCCAAUU